UACUCUAUGCAAUCAAUCUUCCUGUACAUGUACUCCAAUUUUAUGUGUAAACGAAUAUUAGCAGUGUUAUUUGAAAAUUGCUUCCACGCCUACAAAAUUCCCCUGUACCUUUUUACUGGACUUGCACUUGACCCCUGUACUACAUCAUAAUCUGCUCCAAAGAAAUUGUACUUAACAAAGUAAUUCAGGACCUUCGCAUGUGCAUCUGGGCUGCCAGAACCCUCAGCAGAGCUUCUUUUAACAGCCUUCCAUUUUCUACAUAGUGAUGUCAUCCACAAUAUAUUUGAAGCGUAUAGCAAGAAGAGAAAAUGGAUAGAAUACCUUUGUUUCAGAUACAUGUUUCAAAAAUGAGAGCCUGUGGAAAUAAUCUCAAAAAUUCAAUAAUUACAUUCUUACGGUGGGCUGAAAGGCUAAAUCUGAAUAUUUUGGGUUACCCUUGAAAGCAAUUGAGCAAUGACUUCUGGGAAGGUUAUCUGGACAUGGCAAUUUCUUGCAUUGCUAGGGUUUCACUACUAUGCAGCUGCAGCACCGGAAAAAGCAUUAAUAACAUCCGUGCCUGGUUAUGAUGGUAGUUUUCCAUCAAAACAUUAUGGAGGAUAUGUAACAGUAGACGAAGCUCAUGGAAGGUAUCUGUACUACUACUUUGUUACAUCACAAGGAAAUCCUGCCAAAGAUCCUGUUGUUCUGUGGCUAAAUGGUGGUCCAGGUUGCUCAAGUUUUGAUGGAUUCGUUUAUGAGCAUGGUCCUUUUAAUUUUGAAGCGGCCACAAAUGGUUCUGGAAAUUUGCCCAAGCUACACUUAAACCCAUAUGCCUGGUCAAAGGUCUCGAGUAUCAUCUAUUUGGAUUCGCCAUCUGGAGUUGGCUUUUCAUACUCCAGAACAGCAAAUGACUAUAAUACGGGGGACUUCAAGACGGCUAAAGAUACACAUACUUUCCUUUUAGAGUGGUUCGAGGAAUACCCAGAGUUCCAAUCAAAUCCAUUCUUUAUUGCUGGAGAAUCAUUUGCAGGAAUCUAUGUUCCGACUCUGGCAUCAGAAGUAUCCAAAGGAAUUGUAGCUGGUUUAACACCUGCUCUGAAUUUUAAGGGCUAUAUGGUAGGAAAUGGGGUCACAGAUCAUAAGUUUGAUGGCAAUGCACUUGUGCCAUUUGUUCAUGGAAUGGGUCUUAUAUCAGAUGACAUCUUUCAGGAAGCAAAGGAGCUGUGCAAGGAUAACUAUUGGAAUUAUAGUGAUGUAAAUUGUAAUGCAAAACUGGAGACGAUUGAUGAGUUGGUUUCUAAAAUUAAUGUAUAUGACAUUCUUGAGCCAUGCUACCAUGACACGGCUAUACAAGAAGUUAUUGUUCGGAAGGAAAACUUACCUGAAAGUUACAAGCAAUUGGGUGAGACUGGAAAGCCCCAUCCAGUAAGGAGGAGGAUCUUUGGUCGUGCAUGGCCUCUUAGAGCACCAGUUUUAGAGGGAAUUGUUCCAACAUGGCCACAGCUGUCUGAAAGGGUCCCCUGCUUUGAUGAUCGGGUUGCUACACUUUGGUUAAAUGAUGAAUCAGUGAGGGCGGCUAUUCGUGCUGAGAAGAAGAAUAUAUCUGGAGACUGGCAAUUAUGUUCAGACCGUAUUAAUUACUAUCAUGAUGCUGGAAGUAUGAUCAAUUACCAUGAAAAUCUGACAAGCCAAGGUUACCGUGCACUGAUUUACAGUGGCGAUCAUGAUAUGUGUGUGCCUUAUACUGGAUCUGAGGCCUGGACAAGAUCCUUGGGCUAUGCCAUAACUGAUAGCUGGCGUCCAUGGCUUGUGGAUGGACAAGUUGCUGGAUAUACUCAAGGAUAUGCCAACAACUUGACCUUUGCAACUGUAAAGGGAUCUGGACACACAGUUCCAGAAUACAAGCCCGCAGAAGCAUUGGCACUUUAUUCUAAAUUCCUUGCUGGAGAUGCAUUAUGAAAGUAACAUUAUUUUCCAAAAAUUAAUAAAAUUUAUGCUUCCACUUUUACUUACGAACUACAUUGACCCAUGUUGAUCAUCUGUAGACAGUAAUAUAACAUCUUUACUAUUUAUUUGGAUGCUAAAAGCAUGCUACGUCAUUGCAGAUUUUUAGCCUUAAUCUUAAUAAAUUCUUUCCAUCACAGAACUAGUGCCAUUGUUAGAUCUUUGGCACAUUAUAGAAACUGUCCCAGAAUUUAUCUGGUCUUUUUCUUUUCAAUUGUAAACAAAAAUUAAAUUUAAAAUUAAAAAAUUUAUAUUCCAUGUUC